UACUACCUUGAUUAUGCUACUGAUUCUUCUGAAUCUCCAGCUUAUCAAUAGCAGCAGCUAUCAUGACGAGUGGACAGAAUUGUCCUGUGGACCUAACGAGCCGAUUAUUCGAUUCCCAUUCCAACUCGUUAAGGAAUCAUCACAAGAUCAAUGUGUUUAUCCUGAGUUUUGCUUAUAUUGUACUAAAAAUAAGAGAACCAUGAUUGUGCUCUCUUCCAAUUCAGGUCCAAUCAAAUUCUUUGUUACUCAAAUUAUGUACGAAUAUGUAAAAAUUUAUAUUUCGGACCCGGAUAAUUGCUUUCCAAAAAUGUUUCUGGAUCGGAAACUUAACAAUUCAUCAUUUCUUCCUUAUUACCGAUUUCCUGAAGAAUCAGAAUCAACAGUAGCCUUUUUCAACUGCUCUUCGGUUAAGAAACGACAUUUGAGAAACCAAUAUCAGAUAAACAAAGAUUCACAAGAUAUGAUCACUUGUCCAAUUUACGCUUCUUAUUCUGAUGAAAGUGUCGUCAAGUUGGACCUUGCAUCAUGUACCAAGAUGAUUGAAGUCAGCGCAACUAUCGAUGCAAAUCACCUGUCGACUAAUAGCUUCUCUUUGAGUUGGCACAAAACAAAUUGUGAUGUAUGUGAAGCAAAAGGCAUGAAAUGUAGAUGGAACACCAACAGCUCCAAACGUGACAUUGAAUGUUUUAACCGCAAAAGAAUACGGAAAACUAUCUAUAUUCCAAACUCUCUUAUUUUUGCUAGUACCGGGUCAAUUAUAUUGGGGUUGGUCAUCAUUGCAAUUACAAAGAUUUAUCUACAUUUUAGGGGAAAAAAAGAAGAUCAAGUUAGAAUUGAUAAGUUUUUAGAUGAUUUUAGAGCACAAAAGCCUGCUAGAUUUUCCUAUGCUGAUAUAAAAACAAUCACAGGUGGGUUUAAGGAGAAACUUGGAGAAGGAGCUCACGGAACAGUGUUUAAGGGAAAACUCUCUAGUGAUAUUCUGGUGGCUGUGAAAAUUCUCAACAAUACACAGGGAGAAGGUAAAGAGUUCAUCACUGAAGUAGAAAUUAUGGGAAAAAUACACCAUAUCAACGUGGUUCGGUUGCUUGGAUUUUGCGCAGAGCUAGGGAAUCCAUCGUGCUCUUGUAUACAAUUUGUUUCCAAAAGGUUCACUACAAAGCUUCAUAUUUUCACCUGAUAACACGGAUCACUUCAUGGGGUGGGAGAA